CGGAGCCCGAGGCACGCCGCGGGGGAGGCUGGGGAGCGCUCGGGCCGUGCUCGCGCCGCCGCCGCGCCCGCAUCAGCACCUCCCGCUGUUCGCAGCUGCGGUCGCCGCCUUUUCCAGAUGUGUCUCCAGGAAUGGUCUCAUCAGUAGUGAGAGAAUAAUCUCCCCGUGAUUAUCAUACAACACAACAGAAAAGAAGUAAAAUGUAAAUAACAGAAAACCAGUGACUUCAAGAGAGAUUUAAAAAAAUGUAGAACAAGUGACUGAAGAUGGUGCAUCACAGUGUUAGCAUUGCAACAUUUCUGGAGUUUUCUUGGCCUUUAUGUCAUGGAUUCAAGAUAGCUCUUGCAGCCACAGCAGCACGCCAGUGUCCAGGUCCAAAGUGGCAGAGGGAGAGGGACAUCAGAGAACGCUACUUACAUUUCAUCCGCUGAAAUUGAGUCACAUGCCCACACUUAGUGCAGUGAUUAUCCCGGGGGAUGAUAUUAGUACGGCUGGUUUAGACCAGCAUCAUUCACCUCCUAGCAAUAGGAGAAGCCUGGUCCUCACCUGCACGUGCUGACUAUUCUGAUGCCGACUUUCCAAUUGCCUUGAUUAAAGUAGAAACGUUCUAUGGCUUGGAUGACUUACAUUUCAAAUUGGUUUGAGCAAGAUGAUUGGUAUGAAGGACUACAAAGAGCAAACAUGUCCCAGGUCAGGCAGGUGGGACUGCUGGCCGCGGGAUGUCAGCCGUGGAACAAGGAUGUGUGUGCUGCCGAUGGAGACAGGUUUGCCUACUGCGCCACUCUGGCCAUCUAUAUUUACCAGUUGGAUCACCGUUAUAAUGAAUUCAAACUUCACGCAAUUAUGUCUGAACAUAAAAAAACAAUCACAGCUAUCUCUUGGUGUCCACAUAACCCUGAUGUGUUUGCAAGUGGCAGUACCGAUAAUUUAGUGAUCAUUUGGAAUGUUGCAGAACAAAAAGUCUUGGCUAAGCUCGACAAUACAAAAGGGACGCCUGCCUCUCUCAGCUGGUGCUGGAACGCAGGUGAUGCCGUGGCCUUUGUUUCCCACAGAGGCCCCCUGUUCAUCUGGACCAUCUCAGGCCCAGAGAGUGGAGUGACUGUGCACAAGGAAGCUCACAGCUUCUUGUCUGAUGUCUGUGUAUUCAGAUGGCAUACCCAGAAAAAGGGAAAGAUUGUAUUUGGUCAUAUUGAUGGAAGCCUAUCAAUUUUUCAACCAGGUAAUAAAAGUCAGAAACAUGUUCUGAGACCUGAAUCUCUUGAAGGGACAGAUGAAGAGGACCCAGUGACAGCUGUGGAAUGGGACCCACUGUCUACCGAUUAUCUCCUUGUGGCUAAUUUGCAUUUUGGAAUUCGCCUGCUAGAUUCAGAAUCCCUUCAUUGCAUAACAACAUUUAAUUUUCCCAGUGCAGCAGCUUCUGUGCAGUGCUUGGCCUGGGUUCCCAGUGCUCCUGGGAUGUUUGUAACUGGGGAUUCUCAAGUGGGUGUUUUGCGCAUUUGGAAUGUUUCAAGAACAACACCUAUUGAUAAUUUUAAAUUAAAGAAAACAGGGUUUCACUGCUUACAUGUGCUUAAUUCUCCUCCAAGAAAAAAAUUUUUAGCCCAGUCUCCAACUAAAAAUCAUUAUAUGUCCUCGACAAGCGAAGCAGUUCCACAGCCGACUUUGACACAGAAUCAGGCAUUUUCUCUUCCCCCCGGGCAUGCAGUGUGCUGUUUCUUGGAUGGUGGAGUUGGACUUUAUGACUUGGGAGCCAAGAAAUGGGAUUUCCUUAGGGACUUGGGACAUGUGGAAACGAUCUUUGACUGCAAAUUCAAACCUGAUGAUCCCAAUCUUCUAGCAACAGCUUCUUUUGAUGGCACUAUAAAAGUCUGGGACAUAAACACACUAACAGCUGUGCACACCUCCCCGGGUAAUGAAGGGGUUAUUUACUCCCUAUCAUGGGCCCCAGGUGACUUAAAUUGUAUUGCUGGAGCAACUUCCCGAAAUGGUGCCUUUAUUUGGGAUGUUAGAAAGGGCAAAAUGGUGCAACGAUUUAAUGAGCAUGGAAAAAAUGGAAUAUUCUGCGUUGCCUGGAGUCAUAAAGAUUCCAAAAGAAUAGCCACCUGCAGUGGGGAUGGCUUCUGUAUUAUUCGAACAAUUGAUGGUAAAGUGCUGCACAAAUACAAACAUCCAGCUGCGGUAUUUGGUUGUGAUUGGAGCCAGAACAACAAAGACAUGAUAGCCACUGGCUGUGAAGAUAAAAAUGUUCGUGUUUAUUAUGUGGCCACCAGCUCUGAUCAACCACUAAAAGUAUUUAGUGGACAUACUGCAAAAGUGUUCCAUGUUAAAUGGUCUCCUCUGAGCGAGGGAAUUCUUUGUAGUGGUUCUGAUGAUGGUUCUGUUCGAAUCUGGGAUUAUACUCAAGAUGCUUGCAUAAACAUUCUUAGUGGCCACACUGCGCCUGUGAGGGGAUUAAUGUGGAAUACCGAGAUUCCGUAUCUCCUCAUAUCCGGCAGCUGGGACUACACUAUAAAAGUAUGGGACACCCGAGAAGGAACCUGUUUGGAUACUGUUUAUGAUCAUGGUGCAGAUGUAUAUGGUUUAACAUGUCAUCCCAGCCGCCCCUUCACUAUGGCCUCUUGCUCCCGUGAUUCUACAGUGAGACUUUGGUCAUUAACACCUUUAAUCACUCCUUUACUAAUAAAUAUUCUGGCAGACAGAUCUUGGGAAGAAAUUAUCGGGAACACCGAUCAUGCUAUAGAACAAGGCAGUCCUCCUCUACUGUGUGGUAAAGUGUCAAGAGAUAUUAAACACGAAAUAGAGAAACUAACUGGUAAUCCUCGAGCAAAAAAACUAAGAUGGUUUUCAGAAUGUUUAUCACCUCCAGGUGGCAGUGACAAUUUGUGGAAUUUAGUGGCUGUGAUUAGAGGACAGGACGAUAGCCUGCUUCCUCAGAACUACUGUAAAGGAAUAAUGCAUUUGAAACAUCUGAUUAAGUUCCGAAUGUCUGAAGCCCAAGAAUUGACAACAGUCAAGAUGUCUAAAUUUGGUGGUGGCAUUGGGGUCCCCACUAAAGAGGAAAGGCUGAAGGAAGCUGCUGACAUACAUUUGAGAUUAGGACAAAUUCAGAGAUACUGUGAACUGAUGGUUGAACUUGGAGAGUGGGACAAAGCCUUGUCCGUCGCUCCAGGGGUGUCUGUGAAAUACUGGAAGAAGUUAAUGCAGAGGAGAGCGGAUCAGUUAAUCCAGGAAGACAAGGAUGAGGUCAUUCCAUACUGCAUUGCCAUUGGUGAUGUGAAAAAAUUAGUCGACUUUUUUAUGUCAAGAGGUCAGCUUAAAGAAGCUCUGCUUGUUGCACAGGCUGCUUGUGAGGGAAACAUGCAGACCUUACAUGUUUCUACACCGAAAGGAUCUUCAUCUUCCGAUGAUAUCUACAAGGAGGACUUUAAUGAACUCCUGCACAAAGUCAGUGAAGAACUAGCGGAGUGGUAUUUUCGGGACGGGCGGGCCGUACUAGCCGCGUGCUGCCAGCUAGCUGUAGAUAACACCGAGCGUGCUAUGGCGUACCUGAUCCGCGGGAAUGAGCUGGAACUGGCCGUGUGUGUGGGCACCACGCUGGGGGAGGCCGCAGCCCCUGGCACCCACUACGCCCUGGAGUUGUUGGCAAGAAAAUGCAUGAUGAUUCCCACAUGCUUUCCAUCUGUUGGAUACAGGAAUCUGGCGGCCGAUCUGCUGCUGAUGACUCCUGACAACGAGCUGCAGCUGGUCAAACUCUGCGCCUUCUACCCAGGCUGCACGGAAGAGCUGAACGAUCUUCGUGAGAAGUGCAAGCUACCCACGGUAGAGGAAUGUAUGCAGUUAGCGGAGACAGCCCAUGCAGAUGGUAAUAUAUUUGAAACUGUGAAAUACUACUUGUUAAGUCAGGAACCUGAAAAAGCCCUUCCUAUUGGUAUUGAUUUCAUUAAAGAAUACAUCACUAGUUCAAAUUGGACAUUGGAUACCAUUUAUCCUGUUCUUGACCUGCUGAGUUAUAUUCGUACUGAAAUAUUAGUCUUGCAUACGUGUACUAAAGCUCGAAAUGAAUUGCUUAUAUUGUGUGGUUAUAUUGGGGCACUAUUGGCUAUCAGAAGACAGUACCAAAGCAUCGUUCCAGCACUUUAUGAAUACACAAGUCAGCUGUUAAAGCGUCGGGCUGUGUCAGUGCCUUUAAAAAUUGAGCACCUUUCGGAGGAGUUGGACGCGUGGAGAGCUUGCACACAGUCCGUCAGCCGAUCAUCGGAAGAGUCUGCCUAUACACCCCCUUCUGAUUCACAAAAAAUGGUUUAUGCAACUUUACUAAAGAGACUAGAACAAGAACCACUCAGAGGAAUUGUUGGACCAGAUUACGUGACUGGAUCAAACCUGCCCAGUCAUUCUGAUAUCCACAUCUCUUGUCUUACGGGAUUAAAAAUCCAGGGCCCUGUAUAUUUCCUUGAAGAUGGGAAAUCCACUAUCUCACUGAAUGACGCUUUGAUGUGGGCAAAGGUGAACCCAUUCUCACCGUUAGGGACUGGAAUACGACUCAACCCAUUUUGACAGAAAGUUUUUCUCCUUGUUUAAUUUUUUUUUUUUAAGACCUUUUGUGAGUUAGUAUUACUUUAGCCUUUGUUGUCCGAGAGCCAAAGGUUGAGGGGAGGGGGGAUGGUGGGGAAUAAGAGUUGACUUUAUAAAUUAACUUCAAAUAAUAAAAUAUUUAUAUGAUUUCACGGAAAAAUAGAUGUGUCCUUUAUAAAAUAGAAUAGCCAUAUUAGGGAGAAAGAUAAUAUUUAAAUUAUAAAAGGCUGAAGUAUAUAAAAGAGCAUAUAUAAGUUUCAUAAAGUUACCAAAGUUUCAUAAAAGUACCAAAAUAUUAUAUUGUUGAAACAUUGAAACAUAUUAAAUAAUGCAACACCCACAAUAGUGCUUGACAUAGAAUAAGUACUUACUGAAUAUUGGAAUGACUGAGUGUUUUGAGAUAUCAGAAUGUAAGGUAUGUAUGACGGACCUUCAAGUUAACCAACACCCAUACUGUCCUCCGUAAAAUAUAUAGUAAACCAGUCGUUUCAGUUCGUAUUUAGUAAGUUUCCAGUAAUGAGUUUGAUAUGUAUCAAUAAAUGGAUACACAGUCAAAAUACUUCCGAGUUUUAUUAUUUUUUAAAGAAAGCAUUACCAAGUCUUUUGAACUGAAAGUAAAUGUCCAGUUAUAAAGGAAUAGGUUCUAUAAGCAUAGUAAAAAUUGAGGAGUGAAAACACAAAUGCAGUUAAAUCCGUAUGAGAAUUUACAGGUAUGUAUGAUAUUAGUUUUUAUUACCAUUUAAUAUUUACAGUAAUUUCUAAUUGAUUUAUGUUAACUCUAUAACAUAAUUUAUUUGAAAAAAUUAGCUUCAAGGAAAUUUCUGUAAGUACAUAUUAGUUGAAAUUUGGGGUAUAUUAUAAACUCAAGUUUUUUUUUAAAUAUUAAAAGAACAAAACUAUUAAAAAAAAAAAAAGCCUGAGAAAUGACUGCAAGUAUUUCAGUUGCAGUAGAAUUCUCACUCAGAGGUCUAUGAAAUUAAUGCAUUACUGGGAAGAACGGUACUUUGAUACUCAGACUGUUUUACAGAAUUUAUAAUAUAGAUGUUUUUGUCUUACUAAAGAGUGAGUUCCUAUAAUUAGAAUAAUUGCGGUUUUUAUUAUCUUUAAACUUGUUGCACUUAAAAUAAUUUAAAAUUUUUCUUUAACAAGAUUCUUAAAACAGAAAACAAUAUAUAUUAUGUAUAUAUCUAUUGCACUGAUCAGCUCUAACUGUCAAAAAGAUGUUACAGGCCUAAAUUCUAUUUUAUAAAAAAAAAUUUAAUGAACAUUACAGAAGAGAAUGUAUGCAGUGCAUCAAAAGUAUGAAACUUUAUUAAAUCCUUAGUGAUAGGCAUAACUCAAAAUUUUUUAGAUGAGGCAGAUUUUUCAUUAGCAUGUAUGUAGUAAAAUCUUUUCAUUCAUAUAUAGCAGUUGAACUCCCACUAUAAUUCUCUUUAUUUUUGUUUUAAAAUAGAUUAAGAAGCCUAUGUUUUGUGUUUUAACUGCUUUAAAAGAUCCACUGACUGUAAGUUAUACAUAUAUAAAUGAUUGUUUCCUUCUUCAUUUUAAAUGAAUGCAGGAAAAUAUUUUAUGUAUAAACUAUGAAAAAUUCAUAUAACUCUUUAGCACAUGAAGACAAUAGAGUAACCCAAUUUGUGUCUAAAAUCUAAAUUGGAUUGAUUCAAGUACAAAUCUGUUAUUCUGACUUCUACAGUGUUCUAUACCUUAUUACCAAUUAUAACUAUGAAUUCCUCAUAGAACUGUGUCAUUUGACCAUGUCAGUUUGCAUCUCUUGUGCCUUAAUAUGAAAAACAAAGCAAUUUUUUAAAUUUAUAAAAGGUUUUCUAUUGUUAAAUUUCAUAUGCAUGAAACCCAAAUAAUAUGAACUUAUUUUACUACUAGAAGAUGUCUAUAUUACUGAUGUGUACAAAUUAUUUUCCAAGUUUAAUUAUGCUUUUAUGAAAGAAGUCUCAUUAGACAAUGGUUUUAAUAGCACUGGAAAAAUAUUUUGCCUAUAAAAAUUACCAGAUGGUUAACACAGUUGCAACAUCAAAAUGAGUUAUAUCUUGUGAAAAUAUGAUUUUCAUGUCAAUCAAAAUUUAUAUAUAUUUAUUGUCUAUAUUUCCAUGAAAUCAGCCAGAGGUGUUCAGGAACAUCAUCACAGUAAAGCAAUGACUUUUAUUUUGUUGUCCUUAUAAUAGGAAGAUUGACACUUUUUCAGUCUUCAGACAAGAGGCAUUCUGAAUAGAGCAAAGCCUCACCAAUUGUUUAUAAAAUUUAGCGUUUCUUAUUUAGUGUAGCAGUCAUACAGAAGAUAUCUUCAUUGUCAACUCUUACUAAGUUUUUAUUGUGCCAUAUCUAUGAAACAUUUAUUCCUAAAUUAACUGAUGAAAGAACUUUUAUGCUAAAUUUAAAUACCAUAGGACUGUGUUUAAUAUGGCCUGUAGUUAUCUAGAUUUUUACGUAUAUAGGUAUGAAUUUCAAUAAAUACCGCAUUAAAACCAGACAUGACAGAGUUAGCUGCUAAGAUGAGCAGUAUUGAGUGCGUGAUCAGUAUUGUCCUCCAAACCAGCACCGAGAGAACACGGUUUCUCCAUAAAGGCUGGGUCUGAGUCAUCAGAGAUGUGAAGGGCUUGAGCUACCAAGUAAGUGACUACCUUACUUGGAAGCCUAGAAAAAUCACUUUGGACUGUCAGGAGGAGGAUUCCCCAAGAAAAACUGACUACAAUAAACCCUAAACUAAUGAAUACUAACAGCGUAUCCAGAGCCUUCCGUUCGUGAUAAGCGUUCUGUGGAUUGGAAACUCCUAGAGGAGGCGCUCUAGCUCCUAGGAAAGCUCCUUGCUUCCUUCUGCCACAGAUCCCUGGUGAAGCAAAUGGCCUUCCUCAGAUACGCCUGUAGUGUUGGCCUCUCAAUACAACUCCUCUUCAGGAAGCUCUUGAAGCUGCCGCUUUGCCUAUGCCUGCUACCUUCAUGUUCUCACGCACUCUGAAGUGAAGACAACCUCAUCUUUCCACAGCUCUCCAAAGGCCCCGCAGGAGUCCUGGGAACUUAUCAUAGUUAGGCCAUGAGUGAUUAGCUUUUUCAGGAGAUUGAACAUACGGUCGAGAGAAGAAAAAAGAAACUUUUUAAAAUGACUGUUUAUCCAAAUCUAAUCCUUCUCUCUGGAUCUUUUCCCCUGCCAAGGUUCAGAAGACUUGUUCCUAUAACCCUUAUAUUUUAUGGGUUGAAAGUUAUUCUCAUAAUCUUCUACUUUAGAUUUGUCCCAUUAGAACGCAAGAUUCACAGAUAAAUAACCUAUAGCUGGUAAGGUAUGCAUUUAAAGUGUACCCUUUACCUCAGAUAAAACUGGAUUCUAAACACGCUCCCAAGAAGUAAUCCUAUGUCAUUGGGGCUCUCUUUACUUCCUUUUACUAAAUAUCACCUGCCCCAAAAUGUGAAAUUAAACUGGGAAGUCUCUGGAGAUAGAAAUUCUAAUAAAGCCAAGCCUUCAGAAAUGCAGAACCACUGACAAGAGUUUAGCUGGAAAUUGACAGGCACGUCAUGGGAUUCCGCAUUCGAAACACUCCUGUUGGAAGUCGCAAAGGAGACUGUUAAUGAGAUAGCAUAAAGGCAUGAAUAAUUCCCAUUGAAGAAAAAUGUCUGCAUGUGAAUAUAAAAUUACAAGAAUGUAUGAAAUAUCAUUGCUCUUUCAAGAUAUCAGCUCUCUUUGGUUUCCUUCUACUGAAAUUAUGGGGAGUGGAAGCAACCAGUAGGAAAUAUUUAAUUGACCUAGAUGAUUUGCUAAACACCAGAACCAAAUUCCAAGUGAAGCACAAUUUUCCUUUCCCACCACUCACUAUCAAAAGGGACACCUAUUUUUAAAAAAUGUUUCAAGCCAGGCUAUUUAUGGGGGUAAACAAGGUUCUCUGUGGGCCAGUGUAUAUUAAUAAUCAUUCAGAAUAAAUUUGUUUAUAUAUGCAUGUGAUGUGUGAAUAUAUAUCAGCCAAAGUAGUAGCUCUUUUCAUUUCUAAUGAGGAAAAUGUAUUACAAAGUAGACUCACCAUUCCUACAGGAUUUAUGAGAAAUAACUUACUCGUCAUGGUGAAUUAUGUUAAACUGUACCUUUAAAAUUAUUCUUGCUCAUUCUGUGUUAUUUGAUUUUGUAUUUUUAACAGUAACCACACGGGUGUUUAAUAAAUGGUUGUUGAACUGAAAAAGCAUGUUCUUCAACCCAAUUAUGGAUGAGAUACCACUUUAAUUUACUAAUAUAUCCAAGACUAGGUAAUUCUAUCCCCUUAGUGUGGCAGGAGAUGGUGGCAUCGCUUCUUCAAAGCCAUUAGAUGGGUACUUUUCAAGCUUACUUUUCCUCGUUUCUGAUAGAUUUCCUGGCAGAUUCAAAAGAACAUCUUCCAGCUUGCUUCACACACGUUUCUUAAGUGGAUUGCCACCAGCACCUGUAUUUCCUGGAAUAUUUAAAUAAACAACAUUAAAAUCAGUUUGUGGUUAUUAGAUAUUUGCACAACGAUCAGUGUUUCUAACACGUGACACAUGCAGAAUGCUGGGCAGCAGGCUGAGCGCAGGUUCGUCCAAAUGCCUGGUAAACAGAAUAUUUAAAGCAUGCGUGAGAGUAGCCGUAAAUUAAAAAAUCUGAAUGUCACCCACUUCCAAAAGUCAUGAGCCACGCCUAAAAUAGCCAGGGCUGAUUUGGGUGUAUCUGACACCGAAUAUGCCUGUUAUUUUUGGACAUUGCUUCUGAAAGCAGCUGAGGCAACGGUGCCAUGAUUUUCACAGUGCCGAGGUUUGGCAGACGCACGGAGUUCAUCAUUGAGUUUCUGGAACUUGGCACUGAAGCCUCCAAGCUGCCCAGACUCAGUUCGAACGAGGGGAGCCAGUGACACCUAAGAAAUCUGCCCCCCUCAACCCCCCACUGGUCUUAUAUUUGCUAGAUGUGAGGUUUAGGAAAACACAUGGAACAAUUUAAGUGUUAAACAAAGCAAAAAAA